AUGGCUAAUGAUGGAAAUGGAAUCGGAUCGUCGGUCAGCGGUGUCGACCCAGUGGAGCAAAUCAUGGAAAGAGCAGUUAUCGAUUUUCUACGAGCCCUACAAACCAACAUAAAUAACGGAAUGCCUGAACGGCGAGAAGAGCCAAUUCAAGCCCACCCAUUGGGCUAUAUACCAGCACCGCUUCAGCGCGCACACACAACACUGAAAUUUUGUAGGGCACACAGAGGCACGCUGAAGCGGAAGAGAAUCGCCGACGCUGAACGGCAACGACAUCUCGCGACGCUUGCCAAAGUCGAUCGCCACCGGUACACAUCUACGCCGUCGAAGAAGACUCGCGACGCUUGCCAGAGGCGAAUGACACCGGACUGCACAUCUGCGGCGUCGAACAAGAUCUCACCGUCUGCAAAACCCAAUGAUCGUCAGACAAACAAGGCCUGUGCGAAGUUCAGGAAAAAAAACAUUGGAACAUUGCGAAUUGAUGGAGACGGUCUUUACAAGGGCACCAGCUACUGGUAAGCACCAUUGGACCCCAAGAGAGAAAGUUGUUGAACCUGCCGACGUCUCAUCUAAUUCCGCAGACAAUCUCGGUGCCAUCCAUUUAUUGAUCCAAUACCUGCACACGCACAGGACAUCGAUUCAAAUUCUUCACUCGACCUUGUGUUGACUGUUAACGACAAAAGGAAACAGACUUCAUCAACAAAUUGUGGCAAGUCGAAGAAGGCCAUAAGUGGAGCGUCAGUUAUUGUGGAAAGCAUGAACAAUCUGACAAACGUGGUGCGUACUCGGAAUCAGCAAGUUACGGUCAGGCACCUCACAAAGAGCAAAUCACUUUACACUAUUUCGGCUGAGGAACAUUUCUGCCCUUCUUAGUACGCCGUUAUUCCAUUUUGCCUCAACAUUGAUGGAUAACGCAGAUUACCGGGAGGUGAUGAUAUACCAGCCUGAUGAUGACCACAUUAUCGGCUAGCUCACAUAGAAACAACUACAGUUUAGUGCGGGGGCGCCGUUUGGAAACUUGUUCGGGGCUUGCCGAAUUUGAUAUAGCGGUGUCAUGCUGAAGAUGCAUUCCCAUUAUCUAACUUUCAAAAACUUUUACUUAUGUUUUAUUGGUUUGUGUAUUACCACUUACCACCAUUUUCUUCACUGUUUGUUUAUUUGGUACACUUUGAAUGCAAUUAUACCUUACUGUUAGGCGUCAUAUAUUCCAUGGUGACGUGACAUAAAUAUUUCCUUUGCCCCACUGCAUCACUUGUAAACUGAUUCAAACCGUCUCACUA